CUCUCCCUCUCUCCCUCUCUCUCUCUCUCCCUCUCUCUGCUCUUUUCUCUUGCCUUAGCAGAACUUAUGUGGCUGGGAUGCAGGGCCCUCGGGUGUCAAAACUUUGAAGAUUAAUGGAUUACUUUGUUAAUGACUGAAGGCGUCAGGCUGAGGUGCUUAAAUGAUUUGUGAGGUGCGAGGCGUCUUCCCGACAGUCCCAAACAAUGCGCGGAGUGUGCGGGGGAGGCAGAGGGCAGCCGCUGGCGGGACCAGCAGCAGGGCUCACACGCACACACUCACACACACUCCAGGGAGUACACUAGAUCUGGCAGAUCAGGAGGCAAACAGGCACUCUCACCCCCACACACUCGGGGCACUCCCAUCCACACCCACAGAUAUGUAUUUUUGCCCUGAAAAAAGUGUAAAUAAAGCCUCGAUGGCCCCCAAUGAGGCGUUCCUUUCUGACUUUUUUGGAUCAAUCAAACAGACAGUGGCUUCUUUUGAUUAAAGCCCAAAUUGUCAUUGGGCAGAAGCAAUCAUGUGACAGCCAAUUCGGUCCAAUUUCAACCUUGUCUCCAUGAAUUCAAUAGUUUAAUAGUAGCGCGGUCCCCAUACGGCUGUAAUCAGUGAAUUAGAAAAAAAACACCCCAGCAGCGAUCUUCUAUGAUAGAUUUUUUUUUUCCUCCGCGCUCGCCUUUUUCUUGGGCCUUGCCCCCCCAAAGCCCCUCCAAAAGAGGGAACUUUUUCUCCGAGGGGGCUCCAAGGAGAAGGCCAUGAAUUACGAAUUUGAGCGAGAGAUUGGUUUUAUCAAUAGCCAGCCGUCGCUCGCUGAGUGCCUGACAUCUUUUCCCCCUGUCGCUGAUACAUUUCAAAGUUCAUCAAUCAAGACCUCGACGCUUUCACACUCGACACUGAUUCCUCCUCCUUUUGAGCAGACCAUUCCCACAGACCCUUCCACCUUCAACUGUACGUGUGUUUCUUGUUGGUUUCCCCUUUCCGCAGAAUCCCUGGAAAUAGCUGAUGGCAGCGGCGGGGGAUCCAGGCGCCUGAGAACUGCUUACACCAACACUCAGCUUUUGGAGCUGGAAAAGGAAUUUCAUUUCAACAAGUACCUUUGCAGACCCCGGAGGGUGGAAAUCGCCGCGCUGCUGGAUUUGACUGAGAGACAAGUGAAAGUGUGGUUUCAGAACCGGAGGAUGAAGCACAAGAGGCAGACUCAGUGCAAGGAGAACCAAAAUAGCGAAGGGAAAUAUAAAAGCCUGGAGGACUCAGAGAAAGUGGAGGAGGACGAGGAAGAGAAGUCACUCUUUGAGCAAGCUCUCAGCGUCUCCGGGGCUCUUCUGGAGAGGGAAGGCUACACUUUUCAGCAAAAUGCGCUUUCUCAACAGCAGGCUCCCAACGGACACAAUGGCGACUCCCAAACUUUCCCAGUUUCGCCUUUAACCAGCAAUGAGAAAAAUUUGAAACAUUUUCAGCAUCAGUCACCCACUGUUCCUAACUGCUUGUCAACAAUGGGCCAGAACUGUGGAGCUGGCCUAAACAAUGACAGUCCCGAGGCCCUCGAGGUCCCCUCUUUGCAGGACUUUAAUGUUUUCUCUACAGAUUCCUGCCUGCAGCUUUCAGAUGCACUGUCGCCCAGCUUGCCAGGCUCCCUGGACAGUCCUGUAGAUAUUUCAGCUGACAGCUUUGACUUUUUUACAGAUACACUCACCACAAUCGACCUACAGCAUCUGAAUUACUAAGAACAGUAAAGCAAAACAAAGCGCCCCAACACAAAACCCCCUUGACCAGGUGGUUUUGCCUUCUUUUAUUCCGGGGGUUUAUUUUUGUUUUAUUUUCUUCUUGAUCUACCCCCUACUCUCUUAAAUGUUGAGGAUUUUCUGUUUAAUGUUCUCCUCUGACCCAGUUUUAAAGCCAUCUCUUACAAAUUAUGUUGGAGUUUUAGUCGUUUUACACCGAACCCAACAAGCUUCUAUGUGAUAUUCCUGGAAACAAAACAUGAGGCCUGCAAGAAAGUGACCAUAAAUUGUCCUGUCACUUUCUUUUUAUUUUUGUAUCACAUUAGGAUGCAUUGUCAUGCGUAUUUUUGGUAGAAUAAAUUCUCCUUUGCUAUAA